CUUCCCAGCCUCACGCCCGUGGGCUGCAGUUGGAGCGAUGGCGGCGGCAGCCGCUGGGCCUGGCCCGGGCUCUGGACCCGGGGACUCUCCGGAGGGGCCCGAGGCAGAGGCUCCGGAGCGUCGGCGGAAGGCGCACGGGAUGCUAAAGCUUUACUAUGGCCUCUCGGAGGGGGAGGCGGCGGGGCGCCCCUCGGGGUCGGACCCCCUGGACCCGACGGAUCUCAACGGGGCGCACUUCGACCCGGAAGUGUAUCUGGACAAGCUGCGUAGAGAGUGCCCCCUGGCCCAGCUGAUGGACAGUGAAACAGACAUGGUGCGGCAGAUCCGGGCUCUAGACAGCGACAUGCAGACCCUGGUCUAUGAGAACUACAACAAGUUCAUCUCAGCCACAGACACCAUCCGGAAGAUGAAGAACGACUUCCGGAAGAUGGAGGACGAGAUGGACCGGCUGGCCACCAACAUGGCGGUGAUCACCGACUUCAGUGCGCGCAUCAGCGCCACCCUGCAGGACCGCCAUGAGCGCAUCACCAAGCUAGCAGGGGUCCACGCGCUGCUGCGGAAGCUGCAGUUCCUCUUCGAGCUGCCCUCGCGCCUCACCAAGUGCGUGGAGCUGGGCGCCUACGGGCAGGCGGUGCGCUACCAGGGCCGCGCGCGGGCCGUCCUGCAGCAGUACCAGCACCUGCCCUCGUUCCGCGCCAUCCAGGAUGACUGCCAGGUCAUCACGGCUCGCCUGGCUCAGCAGCUGCGGCAGCGCUUCAGGGAGGGCGGCUCCGGCGCCCCCGAGCAGGCAGAGUGCGUGGAGCUGCUGCUGGCCCUGGGCGAGCCAGCGGAGGAGCUGUGUGAGGAGUUCCUGGCGCACGCCCGUGGGCGGCUGGAGGCCGAGCUGCGGAGCCUGGAGGCAGAGCUGGGGCCUUCCCCUCCCGCUCCCGACGUCUUAGAGUUCACGGAUCGCGGAGGAAGUGGCUUUGUGGGUGGCCUCUGCCAGGUGGCCUCGGCCUACCAGGAGCUCUUUGCGGCCCAGGGCCCGGCGGGUGCCGAGAGGCUGGCAGCCUUCGCCCGGGAGCUGGGUGGCCGCUACUUUGCGCUAGUGGAGCGGCGGCUGGCGCAGGAGCAGGGUGGCGGUGACAACUCCCUGCUGGUGCGGGCGCUGGACCGCUUCCAUCGGCGCCUGCGGGCUCCUGGGGCCCUGCUGGCCGCUGCUGGGCUGGCCGAGGCGGCCACGGAGAUCGUGGAGCGAGUGGCCCGCGAGCGCCUGGGCCACCACCUGCAGGGCCUGCGGUCGGCCUUCCUGGGUUGCCUGACCGAUGUGCGGCAGGCUUUGGCUGCCCCUCGCCUGGCUGGAAAGGAAGGCCCGGGCCUGGCCGAGUUGCUGGCCAACGUGGCCAGCUCCAUCCUGAGCCACAUCAAGGCCUCGCUGGCAGCUGUGCACCUCUUCACCGCCAAGGAGGUGUCUUUCUCCAACAAGCCCUACUUCCGGGUGGGUCUUCUGUACGAAGAGGGUGUCCGCAAGGCCCAGAGCAGUGACUCCAGCAAAAGGACCUUCUCCGUGUACAGCAGCUCUCGACAGCAGGGCCGCUACGCCCCCAGCUACACGCCCAGUGCCCCAAUGGACACCAAUCUCUUGAGCAACAUCCAGAAGCUGUUCUCUGAACGCAUCGACGUGUUCAGCCCUGUGGAGUUCAACAAGGUAUCGGUGCUGACCGGCAUCAUCAAGAUCAGCCUGAAGACGCUGCUGGAGUGUGUGCGGCUGCGCACCUUUGGGCGCUUCGGCUUGCAGCAGGUGCAGGUGGACUGUCACUUCCUGCAGCUCUACCUGUGGCGCUUCGUGGCCGACGAGGAGCUUGUGCACCUACUGUUGGAUGAAGUGGUGGCCUCAGCCGCCCUGCGCUGCCCGGACCCAGUGCCCAUGGAACCCAGUGUCGUCGAGGUCAUCUGCGAGCGCGGCUAGGCCGGGCCGCUGCCAGGCACAGGCUCGCCCAGUUGCCCCAACCCGCCCAUCUCCUGGUCUCCCGCCCGGGCGGCCCUU